AUGGAUCUGGGACUGACUUUAUGGCUAAGCAAGCAAAAAGGCGACAAGCGAAAGCGAAACGAAGACGAGCAGGCGGCGAAGCGUCAACGAGUAGACCGCGGUGACGAGCCUUUACCGAUCUAUGCGACUAAGUUCGAGGAAUCUGAGCUGAAGGCCGAGGAGCGGAAGCCAAAGAAGAAGGUGGCUGUAAUGAUUGGAUACGCAGGCACAGGCUACAGAGGAAUGCAGCUUGCGCACGACCAGAAGACGAUCGAGGGAGACCUGUUCCAGGCCUUCGUCAAGGCCGGUGCUAUCUCGAAGAACAACGCCGAUGACCCUAAGAAGUCGUCUUUCGUGCGAUGCGCGAGGACAGACAAGGGAGUGCAUGCGGCGGGUAAUGUCAUCAGCUUGAAGCUGAUCAUCGAGGAGGAGGAUAUCGUGAAGAAGAUCAACGACGCACUGGUGCCGCAGAUACGGGUCUGGGGAUUUGAGAGGACGAACAACAGCUUCAGCGCAUAUCAACUGGUGGACUCGAGAAUAUACGAGUAUUUGAUUCCAUCGCACAGCUUCCUGCCGCCACAUCCCAAGAGCUUUAUGGGCAUGAAGUGUGAGUCGUGGGCAAAGACGAAGGGCGAUACCGAUGCGUGGUUGGGGCGUCAGGAAGAGGUGAAGGGCUACUGGGAGAAGGUUGAUGAGGACAUCAUCAAGCCAAUUCUGGAAGAGUAUGACGACCAUACUCAGAGUGUUCUGAGACGAGCACUAUACCUCCAAAGUGAGAUGGCCCAAGACGAGGCCGCCGAUAGUGACGUCAAGAACAAGCAGGAGCAGAACACAGAGGGUCAGCCGAAACACUUUGCUCCAGCCCAAAGCGGCGACAAUGAUGCGAGUGAAGCCCAAGAAGGUCAGGGAGCCGACGGGCAGCACGAUGCUGAGCAAGAGGACAAGUCAUCUGAAUAUAAGCCCUUCCGUUCUCCAGCAAUCAGUGAAGGCACAAAGCGACUUCGACAAGCCUACCUUAAGGCCAAGCGGGCGUAUCGCAUUCCAGAGAAGAGACUGCACCGAAUCAGGGACACGCUGCAACAAUUCGUUGGCACGAAGAACUAUCACAACUUCACCGUCCAGAAAUCUUUCAAGGAUCCGUCAGCCAAGAGGGUCAUCAAGUCAUUCGUGGUCAACCCAGAGCCUAUCCUCAUCAAUGGCACCGAGUGGCUGAGUCUCAAAGUCCACGGUCAGAGCUUCAUGAUGCACCAGAUUCGCAAGAUGGUCGGCAUGGUCGCUCUCAUCGUCCGCUGUGGCUGUGAUCCCGAGCGCUUGACACAGAGCUUCGGCUCAGACAUCAUAUCGAUUCCAAAGGCACCGAGUCUUGGAUUACUCUUGGAACGUCCGGUUUUCGACUCGUACAAUCGCCGCGCAAAAGGAGAUUUUGGCCUCCAACCAAUUGACUUCGACAAAUACAAAAAGGAGAUGGACGAAUUCAAACAGCGCGAGAUCUAUGAGCGCAUGUACCACGACGAGGAAGAGGACAACGUGUUCGGCAACUUCUUCAACCAUGUCGAUGCUUUUCCAGAGUCGACGUUCCUGUACGUCACUUCGGGCGGUAUCGAGGCCACCAAGGAAGUCACUGAAGGGCUCGCUGUCAAGAAAGGAGAUGGCGCUAAUCGUGCUGAAGUCAUCGACGACAGUGAUGAGGACUCAGACGGUGGUGUCGUCCUCGAUAGGCUUGGUGACGAGGGCUAG